AUGGCUAUGCACCAAAUUAGCCAGACUACUUGUCCCGCAGCAAAUAACAAGCAGCCUGACGCCGAGGAAAUCACGGUGGACCUGUAUCCAUUCAUACGCGAAUACAAGGGCGGCCGUAUCGAGCGCCUCGUGCGCAGCCCAUUCGUGGCAGCGUCGGAGGACGCGGCUGCCAACCAUGGAGUGGCGACAAGGGACGUGGUCGUGGACGAGAUGACCGGCGUGUCCGCACGCCUUUUCCUUCCGUCGCUCCGCGACGCCGACUACGAUGAGAGGCUUCCCGUCAUCAUGUACGUCCACGGUGGUUCUUUCUGCACGGGGAGCGCCUUUUGCCGCAUGUACCAUGCCUACGCCAGGUCCCUCGCCGCGCGCACCGGGGCGCUCGUCGUGUCCGUCGACUACCGUCUAGCGCCGGAGCAUCCCGUGCCCAUGGCUUACGACGACGCAUGGGCCGCGCUCCGGUGGAUGGCGUCAUUCUCUGACCCCUGGCUUUCCGCCUACGGCGACCCCACGCGGACCUUCCUCGCUGGCGACAGCGUCGGCGCCAAUAUCGCCUACAACACGGCGGUGCGGGCUAGCCUCGUCGGUGGCAUCGGCAUCGACAUCGAGGGGCUACUCCUCGUGCACCCCUACUUCUGGGGGGUGGACCGGCUGUCAAGCUGGGAGACGGCCUGGGACGGCGUCGCCAUGUUCAAGCCUGACGGUGUCGACAGGCUCUGGCCAUAUGUUACUGCUGGCAAGCUUGGCCAUGACGAUCCCCGGGUCUGCCCUGUAGACGAGGAGAUCGCCUCGCUGACAUGCCGGCGUGUGCUGGUCGCCGUCGCCGGCAAGGACACCUUCCGGUACCGUGGGCGUCAGUUGGCGUCUCGCGCGCGCCUCUGUGCAUGGGCCGACGAUGGGGAUGCGGUGACAUUGCUGGAGACGGAGGGUGAAGACUACUGCUUCCACCUGCACAACCCGCUACGGGCGAGCAGCAAGAUUCUCAUGGAGAAUAUAGUUCAGUUUGUGAAGCAGCCCAGACUCAGAGCCUCGCCACUGCCGGGAGCUUUGCUCCGGCCGGAGCUGCAUGCAUAUGCAUAUACAUUCCAAGCUGGUGAGACCACCUCCAUGGACUACUCUACUACUACCAGGCGGUAUGUUGAUGACACCAAAGGUUGGAGUGGCAAGAAACACAUGGCACGCAACACUUGUUUGCAAAUUGGACAGGGAAGAUCAUCCAAGGCCGCUACUAGGCACGGCUCCUUCUUGGGCCAAGUAAGACCUAUCAUGACCAACAGGGUCUCCUUAUCAGCCACAGUUCUGGGAGCUCCUAUUUGCCGGCUUUAGCGUCCGCCUAUAUAUGCCACUGCUAUGCUGGGCACGACCCAUUUUACUACUCCUCUCUGUGU